CUUCCUGUGCAAGCAAUCUGUGGAGGAGGCUGAGCGGCCCCGGACAGCAGCGACUCCUCCCCGCCUGUGUAAGAACGGGGACAGAUGUGACAAGCUGGGGCGGUGACAUAAGGGCUUUUGGAAUACUGCAGAUGGGGUCUAGACGGCAGCUCUGCAUCCUGUGAGGGUGACACACAUACCAUUUCAUUGCUGCCCUGCUCCACUUUAACACCUGGUGGUAACAUGUCCGUCGAUAUGAACAGUCAGGGGUCAGACAGCAAUGAGGACUAUGAUCCAAAUUGUGAGGACGAGGAGGAUGAGGACGAGCAGGGGGACAUGGAGGAUUAUUACAUUGGUGUUGCCAAUGACGUGGAGCAACAGGGAGCAGACUCGUUUGACCCAGAGGAAUACAUGUUCACCUGCCUCACGUACAGGGAGUCAGAAGGUGCCCUGAAUGAGCAGAUGGCAAGUUUAGCCUCAAUGUUAAAGGUGUCUCACUCAGUGGCUAAGCUCGUAUUAGUGCACUUUCACUGGCAACUGUCAGAUAUUUUAGAAAGGCAUAAACUGAAUUCAGCACAGCUGCUAGUUGAAGCCCGAGUUCAGCCUCUAUCCCCUAAGCAUGUUAUGGCACAUUCUUCCCAUCACUGCGCAGUCUGCAUGCAGUUUGUCCGGAAGGAGAAUUUGCUUUGUCUGGCCUGUCAGCAUCAGUUCUGCCGCAGCUGUUGGGAACAGCACUGCACAGUCCUCGUGAAAGACGGUGUUGGCGUUGGAAUUUCUUGCAUGGCGCAGGAAUGCUUACUCCGGAUUCCAGAGGACUUUGUGUUUCCUUUGCUACCUAACGAAGAGCUGAAAGACAAAUAUAAGCGUUAUCUUUUCAGGGACUACGUGGAGAGCCAUUAUCAGCUGCAGCUUUGUCCUGGAGCUGAUUGUCCAAUGGUGAUUCAGGUUCAGGAGCCAAAAGCGCGGCGUGUCCAGUGCAACCGAUGCAGUGAGGUUUUCUGUUUCAAAUGUCGCCAGAUGUACCAUGCUCCCACUGAUUGUGCCACCAUCCGGAAAUGGCUGACAAAGUGCGCAGAUGAUUCAGAAACCGCAAACUAUAUCAGUGCUCACACUAAAGAUUGUCCAAAGUGCAAUAUUUGUAUUGAAAAAAAUGGAGGCUGCAAUCACAUGCAAUGCUCCAAAUGCAAGCACGACUUCUGCUGGAUGUGCCUAGGGGACUGGAAGACGCACGGUAGUGAAUAUUACGAAUGCAGCCGAUAUAAAGAAAACCCGGAUAUAGUAAACCAGAGCCAGCAGGCGCAAGCCCGGGAAGCACUCAAGAAAUACUUGUUCUACUUUGAGAGGUGGGAGAAUCACAGUAAAAGCUUACAGCUAGAGGCGCAGACCUACCAGCAAAUUCAGGAGAAGAUCCAGGAGCGAGUAAUGAACAAUCUAGGAACAUGGAUAGACUGGCAGUACCUACAGAAUGCUGCCAAGUUGCUAGCUAAGUGUCGAUAUACGCUGCAAUACACAUAUCCCUAUGCUUACUACAUGGAAUCCGGCCCUCGGAAAAAGCUGUUUGAAUAUCAGCAAGCACAGCUGGAAGCUGAAAUAGAGAACCUUUCUUGGAAGGUGGAACGAGCAGACAGCUAUGACCGCGGGGAUCUGGAGAAUCAGAUGCAUAUAGCGGAACAGCGUAGAAGAACGCUGCUCAAAGACUUUCAUGACACAUAAUGUGGAAGAAGAGCGUUUUCCUUUGGGAAAGUGUGAGCAUGUUCAAGCGUGAUGAGCAUCGGCGCUGCAAGAAACUCUGUAGCUUUGAGGAAUCAGAAGAAGGAAUUCCACUUUUCUAACUUUGCCCAUAAAAAAGUGUUUAUUUUUGUUUUUCUCCCCAACCACGUUGUGCCGGAUUAACUGGCAGGCUGGCACCCUAUGUCAGAUGGGUUACAUACCCUUCUUUCCUUUCCGGUUUUUCACCUAUAUCCCUUUCCACUUGCAGAGUGACGUACAGCACAUCCGCAAUACAACAUAAGUACCAAUAGCAUUGAAAGGGAUCUUUUUUUUUUUCCCCCUUAUUUUUGUUCCAGAUGGCAAUUGUUGGAAGAGUAGUUCAAUUUUUGAAUGGCUAUUAAUAGAAUUAGAUUAUUAUGCAAACUGUCAUUUUGAACUGUUGUACAAUUAUACAGAAAAAAAAAAUCUAGAAUUACAAAAAAAACACUUUUUAAAAACAACCUGGUUUUGGAGUGUUUUAUUAUUAUUUUUAUAGCAUUUCUACAUGUAAACCUUUUCUUCACAUAAGGGUAUUUGUAGAGAUGAAAAUACAGAUGGUUCUCGCUCCUUUUUUUCUGCGAAGCUGCUACUUGCUGUUUCUGGUUGGUUGAAAAUUGAAUAUAGUGAUUAACGGGACUGAGCUGCUGGCUGGAGUGACUUUUAAAUAAUAAACUGAUCUUGUUAGAUUUGCAUUAAUGAACAAAUAAAAAAAUGUUUAUUUAAA